UCAGGCCGAGACGCCUUGGGCUACGCAGUCACGAGGGGAUGACUCAUUUAGCGGGCCUUCCGUACGUAGCCGAAGUGUCUCGCUCCAUGCCGCCGCCGCCGCCGGCGGCGGCGAACUGAUAGCGACGGAGCUCCUGCGGCACGGUGACGCCCUCCCCUUUCAGGGCAGAGGCUCGAUGAUGGAAGAGAAGUACGAGGAGGACACGCACGCAUACGUGCACCGCACCCGCACCCUCCCUUCCCCCCACCACGCCUCGGCUCGGCCAGUCAACCCAACGAACCUCGGCCGCGUCAUGGGCGACGCCACGGGCCCGGCGAGCACCAAGCCGGCGGAGCUGGACGUGCCGCUCAGCGCCCUAGGCUUCGAGAUGGAGGAGGUCUCGCCGUCGCGGCUCACCGGUCGCCUCCUCGUCACGGACACCUGCUGCCAGCCGUUCAAGGUGCUGCACGGCGGCGUGUCGGCGCUGAUCGCGGAGGGCCUGGCGAGCAUGGGCGCGCACAUGGCCUCGGGAUACCGCCGCGUCGCCGGCAUGCAGCCCAGCAUCAACCACUUCCGGAGCGCCGCCACCGGCGACACCGUCCUCGUGCGCGCCGUCCCCGUCCACAUCGGCCGCUUCACCCAGGUAUGGGAGGUGAAGCUAUGGAAGAUGGAUGCACCCACACAGGGGGAAGGGCCUCAAAUCGCCAAGGCAAGGGUCACGCUCCUUUGUAAUCUACCGGUGCCGGAUGAGAUGAAAAGUGCGGGAGAAUCGCUUAGAAAAUACUCUAAACUGUGAAACUCCACUGAUACGUGAUUCUGUAAAAAAACAUUUCUUGUGCAAAUACAGAUGGAUCAACUCGAAAGAACAAGCUUCGUGUGUGUAGUUGAUGCAUCUCACUAUCCAGCACCAGCAACUACUGAUUUGGAAUGUGCUUCCAUUUUGUAUUCAUUCAUUAUUACACUAUAUAUAUGCAGUAACUCUGAUCUGUGAGCAAA